AUGGAAGCCCCAUCUUCACCUUCUUCUAUCAUCACUGCCCCGCCUGACUAUCAUGAAAGUGCUCUCAGGCUCACCAAACUCAUUACAGAGGCCAUGACUUGCCACUUUGCCCUCCUACAUUAUGACAGCCCAACGAUGACAAGGGAAAGAAACUUCUACCGUCAAACUUUGAGAAGUACCGUAAAAAAUAGGAAGGUGGAAGAGGGGCAUACACAGAGGCGGCAGUAUACCCAUGGAGGGAUAAGACCACCAAUAAGACUUAUUGGAAUCAAGCUGCCAGUACCCUCGUUGAGUGUCAUCAUUUUAUUGAGUGAUAAUGCAGCAGAACAUAAAGAACUGCACCCGAUUCAACUCGAAUGGACCUUCCUGGAACGAACAGAAUUGAUGAAGAGGCUUGAGUCUGUUGGUGAUGGAGUUACAACCAAUCAUCAAGCGUCAUAUUCAAUUCUGUUCAAAAGGAGUGCAUCAGGUGUUGGGCUGGACCAAGCGCUAGCUAGGAAUGGAUCACAUGCAGGUGGAGCUGCGCAAGAGCGUGGGCCGGGACAUUGA